CUAUAAGUAGCACAUGCUCUCGCGCGCACUGCCCAACCACACACAUGCACAGAUCCAGGCCAGCUUCUAUAGCUCGCUUUCUUCCUUCUCCGGCCAAGCUAGCGAGAGAAUUAAUGGCUUCUCUUCCUCCCAUUGUCAUGGAGCUCAAGUGCCUCCCAUCAGCUGCCGUCAUGUGGGCUGUUCUCACUGCGCUGCUUCUCUGGGCGCCGGCCGUGGCGGCGGCUGCGGAUGCCGGCCACGGCGACGAUAUGAAGUCCAUCUACGCGGGGCCGAAGGUGGUGCCGGUGCGGCUGGGACGGCCGGCGUUCGGCCCGGAGAGCCUCGCCUUCGACCACCGCGGCGGCGGGCCCUACACCGGCGUCUCCAACGGACGCGUCCUCCGGUGGCGCGCCGACCGCCGCCGCCCCGGCUGGACCGAGUUCGCCCACAACUACAAGCACGCGACGGUGGCGGAGUGCGCGGCGAAGAAGAAGGUGGUGGAGCCGGAGAGCGUGUGCGGGCGGCCGCUGGGGCUGCAGUUCCACCGGAGGACGGGCGACAUGUACGUCGCGGACGCGUACCUGGGGCUGAUGAGGGUGGGGCGGCGCGGCGGGCUGGCGGAGGUGGUGGCGACGGAGGCCGGCGGCGUGCCGUUCAACUUCGUGAACGGGGUGGACGUCGACCAGGAGACCGGCGACGUCUACUUCACCGAUAGCAGCACCACGUACCAGCGAAGCGACUACCUGCUGGUGGUGCUCUCCGGCGACGCGACGGGGCGGCUGCUGAGAUACGAGGCGCGGACGGGCAACGUCACCGUGCUCAAGUCCGGCCUCGCCUUCCCCAACGGCGUCGCCGUCAGCCGCGACGGCACGCACCUCGUCGUCGCCGAGACGGCGUCGUGCAGGCUGCUCCGCCACUGGCUGCGCGGCAGCAACGCCGGCGCGACGGAGGUGCUCGCCGAGCUCCCCGGGUACCCGGACAACGUGCGCCCCGCCGGCGGCGGCGACGGCUACUGGGUCGCGCUGAACCGCGACAAGGAGUGGGCCGUGAGCGGCACGACGCCGGCGUCCGUGGCAGCCAUCAGGGUCGUCGUCGACGGAGCCGGCGCCGGCAAGGUGGCCGUGGCGCUGCGCGGGUUCGGCGGCGCCACGGUGAGCGAGGUGGUGGAGCGGAACGGGUCGCUGUGGUUCGGCUCCGUCGACACGCCGUACGUCGGCUUGCUCAAGUUCACCUCGCUCUAGGCUUGGCUGAGUGCUUUGCCGCCGCGCACGUGCCAAAUUCGAGCUGUAAUAUUAUUUUUAGGUAUUAAAUUAGAAAAAGGUGUGCCGAUUAAUUGUGUGUAGUAGGGCAACGUGCAUCAUGAGAUUCUUAAGAAUUUGUCGCUGCGAAUAUGGAUUAUAUGGUGUACUACAAUUUGUCAUCUUAUUAUGACACGUGAAACCUAAGUUCAUAUCUCAUAGACAUACGAGAGAUAAAUGUUAAACAUUACUUAGUGAGC